CUUUCAGCGGAAGCGGAAGCGGAGGCGCCCGUCGGCCGUCUAAUGGCGAGUGUGAACGACCUGCCGGACUCGGUGCUCCUGGAGAUCUUCUCUUACCUCCCGGUCCGGGACCGGAUCCGCAUCUCCAGGUGCGGUCGCUCCUCGGGGGGAACGCCGGGCACGGGCUCGGCGGAGGCGCCGAUCCGGUUCCCGGCCGGGGUCGUUCUAACGGCCGGUCCACUCCCCAGGGUCUGUCACCGCUGGAAGAGGCUGGUGGACGACCGGUGGCUGUGGCGACACGUCGACCUGACGCUCUACACGAUGCGGCCCAAAGUCAUGUGGCACCUCCUCCGCCGGUACAUGGCAUCCCGGCUCUAUUCCCUACGGAUGGGAGGCUACCUCUUCUCAGGAUCCAAGGCACCACAGCUGUCCCCUGCCUUGAUGAGGGCCCUAGGCCAGAAGUGCCCCAACCUGAAACGCCUGUGCCUGCAUGUGGCUGAUCUGACUACAGUCCCCAUCACGAGCCUGCCCAGCACCCUGAGGACCCUGGAGUUGCAUAGCUGUGAGAUCUCCAUGUCCUGGCUCCUCAAGGAGCAGGACCCCAUGGUGCUGCCUCUGCUCGAGUGCAUUGUGCUGGACCGGGUGCCUGCCUUUCGAGACGAACACCUGCAGGGCCUGACACGCUUCCAGGCUCUGCGCUCACUGGUGCUGGGCGGCACCUACCGUGUCACCGAGACGGGCCUGGAUGCCAGCCUGCAGGAGCUCAGCUACCUGCAGAGGCUCGAGGUGCUGGGCUGCACCCUCUCUGCUGACAGCACCCUGCUGGCUGUCAGCCGCCACCUCCGAGAUGUACGCAAGAUCCGGCUGACUGUGGGGGGCCUCUCUGCCUCAGGCCUGGCCUACCUGGAAGGAAUGCCUGCCCUGGAGAGUCUGUGCCUACAGGGUCCUCUCAUUACCCCAGAAAUGCCUACUCCUGCACAAAUCAUCUCCUCAUGCCUUUCCAUGCCCAAGCUUAGGGGGCUUGAAGUUCAAGGGCUAGGCUGGGAGGGCCAGGAGGCAGAACAGAUCCUACGCAAAGGGCUGCCCCACUGUAUGGUCAUUGUCAGAGCUUGCCCCAAAGAGUCCAUGGAUUGGUGGAUGUGACCACCUAUCUCUAGGACCCAUCCCACCUUACAAAGGCUUUACCUUCCAAAUGGAAGAGUGCAAGUUAAUCAGGCUUGAGGGAACUGAAGGCCACAAGGGAAGAAUGCCAGGGUCUUGGGGUCUGUAGCCCUGGGAGUGCUUACCAACACUGUAGCCUCAGUUCUGUCACCCAGCCUUUGGGAGACCCGGUUCACACUUGUAGAAAUAGAGAUCAUAGCUACCUCAUAAUUCUUCUGUUGUAAUUCAGGGCUGGGGAUUGAGCCCAGGGCCUUGAGCAUGUUAGGCAAUCACUCUGAUGCUGACCUGUGACCCCAACCAUGAAAAACCUUAAGAUUUAACACCCACAGCCUCAGAAGACCCUCAGUACAAGGUUAUUUUCCAAGUUAUCAGAAACAGGUGGGUGCAUAUGGGUGGGGUUAAGCUCUAGGAGGACCUGUGGCACUGAGCCCACUUAUUAAGCCUGGAAGGAUUUAUCUGUGCAUGUAUACGUGCCUGUCUACCUACCUACAUGCUCAUAACACUCGAGGAUCAAAGGCCAGGGAGGCUUGUCAUUGAAUCCAAAUAUUUUUCAAGUAUAUUUUUUGUAUUUUAUAUUCUACCUUUUUUUAACGUUUUCCACAGCAUAUUGUAUUUUACUAUUAAAUACGAAUUUUUACAAAAAGAA